AUGAACAAGAAUGCUAGCCGUGUUGCUGUUGCAGCUUUCGCGGCGGGGACGAGGAGGAUCCCGAGAAAGAGAGGGCAGGUCAAGCUGAGAAUCGCAGCUGCUGCUAUUCACUCCAUUGUUUCUCUUCUCUCCAGAACAACUUCUUCUUCUACCUCUCCUGUUGGGAGCAGCAUCAGGAAGAAAUCAGCAUUGCCCCAAAGUUAA